AUGCAAAUACAAGGCCUUCGCUGGCUGGACCGAGCCUUGGAACAGUCCGAGGUGCUCGAUUCCGUCGUCCCGAUCAACUUGCUCUCGUACGGGGGCGUGCUUGCAGUGUGCCUCUUUGGUGUUCGAGGUGCGACAAGGGACGUCGACGUGCUGCUCCCGCCCAACAUCCGAGAUGUCCAGGCAUACAGCGACGAGUUUAUGCGGCUGACAAAUGCCAUCGCCGAUGAACUUGGGUACAUGCGGGACUGGAUCAACGACGACUUGAGGCUUUUCGUGCCCCCGGAAGACAGGCAGAGACUCUUGGAAGAUAGCAUCGAGCAGGGGACGGCCGUCUUUGAGGGCGACAACAUGGUCAUCUGGGCAGGGGUCUGGGAAUUCGGCCUCGAGUCCAAGCUGCGACGGAUGGGAGACAAUGGGAGUAACACGGAUCAGGGACGGGCGAGGUUUGAUCGCGACAGGAUGGAUGCGAUGGAAUUAGUGCACCUCAUCAAGGGAGACUCGAUCCAACCCCUCGACAUGUCAUGGGUGAAGGGGCUGCAGCGAUAUCCUCAGACGACGGGCAUCAGUGAUCAAAUGAUCCAGAUAGUUGCCCAAGGUUAUGUUGCAAAGUUUGGGACGCAGGGAGUAGUUGAGCUCACGUGGGAUGAAGCAGAGGAAAAACACAAGUAUCAGAACCUGGCAGCUAACUGGGUGUGGUACGAAUCGAAGAAUUAA